ACGAGACAUUGACGAGGAGGGGAAUGUGGAGGAGGAGAGAUGAAUGAGGAGGACAGAUGAACGCUGAGUGGAGGAGGAGGAGUGGAGGACGAGGAGUGGAGGAAGAGGAGGAGGAAGAUGUGGAGGAGGAGAAAGAUGUGGAGAAGGAGGAGGAGGAAGACGUGAAGAAGGAGGAAGAUGUGGAGGAAAAGGAGGAGGAGGAAGAGGAGGAGGAGGAGGUGAGUUCGAGGGAAGGCAGGCGGGCUGGUGCACACUCACCUUGGAGGGCGGUUGCAGGCGAUGGUCGCUCCAGAGCUCGGCCUCAGCAACAGUCGAACUUCCAAGCGCAAGGGGAGCUGAGCACUGCUCGUGGCGGGUGAGGCGAAUGAACGACACUUUGUCAC